AUGCUUCAAUACGCCGUCCCAAACGCGCCUCAAGCCUUCCAGCGACCUCCAUCCGUCUUCGCCGAUCCACCUUCGAGAUCAUCCAACACUGCCCACCACCACGAGAACAACUUCGCCCAGAAUCACAGUCUCGGCCAAAGCCACAACGACGACUAUUAUCACCAGCAAUCCUUCAGCAGCACAGCGGAGUCGAACGCUUCGGGGACAGGAUUGACAGCUUUGGCAUCGCUCGCAGCCAAUGCUCCGGCAGCGACAGUGAAGCCCGCGAGCAACAGUGGUGACAGUACUCGCUCCUCGACUCCCAACAACUCCUCGGGUCCCAUGGCCUCGCAGUAUCCUGCCACGGCGGGAGGCAACGCACAGCCGCCAACCUGUGCAAACUGCAAAACCUCGACGACCCCGCUUUGGAGAAGAGACGAGUCGGGAUCGGUCUUGUGCAAUGCGUGCGGUCUGUUCCUCAAGCUCCACGGACGCCCUCGGCCAAUCAGCCUCAAGACGGAUGUAAUCAAGAGUCGGAAUCGGGUGAAGACUUCACAGACGAAGAAGAGAGACAGCCAAGGAGGGCAAGAUGGCAUGAUACAAGCGCCGAAUGGAUACCCAGCGGCUCAUCCAGAUGUCGGUCUCCACGCUCACCAGCACGGUCUGCCGCCAGGAUAUGCUGGAGAGCCGCCGCAGAGAGGACCCUCGCCUGCACAAGGGUCACGUAGCAACACACCGAGUCUGAAUCAAAACCACGCGCCGCCGCACAUCUUCGACACUGUCACGCUACCCUCGGACACGUUCGCCAGUCCUAGCUUACCGGCCUUCUCAUUACGAAACCCAAGUCCAGCUCCCAGUCCUCUCAAUGGAACAUCAUCGCACAACAUGGACCCACCCCAAGGCUACGAAGCACUGUCUCAGGCCAACCAGGUACUCCGAACACGCGUGAGCGAGCUGGAGGUCAUCAAUGAUCUGUUCAAGGGUCGGGUUACGCAACUCGAAGCAAGCGAACAGGAGGCACAGAUGAAGGUCGCCGAACUGGAGAGAAGAAUCGCGGAAUUACAGACCGAGGGUCCUUCACGAAAGAAAGCAAGAACGAGCGAGACGAAUGGCGAUGGCAUGGAAAACGGUGGUACGGCCGACACUACCUCUGAGUGA